GCUGCUGCUCUUCUGCUGCCGCUCACAGGAGCUCCUCCUCGGCAGGAUUCAGCAACAACACACGGAUCACAUCAGACAAUCCAGACGUGAUUUAUCCCCGGGAUGUCCUUCCUGGAGAAGCCGUCCCCCGGCAGGCUGCUGCUGGACGACACCGUCCCGCUGACGGCGGUGAUCGAAACCAGCCAGAACCUGCAGUCCCACACGGAGUACAUCAUCCGAGUCCAGAGGGGCGUUUCUUCAGAGAACAGCUGGCAGGUGAUUCGGCGUUACAGUGACUUUGAUGUUCUCAACAGCAACCUGAUGGUGUGUGGCAUCGCUCUCCCUCUUCCUCCGAAGAAGCUGAUCGGAAACAUGGACAGAGAAUUCAUAGCAGAGAGGCAGAGAGGGCUGCAGACCUAUCUGGACUCCAUUACCCAGCAUCCCAUGCUCUGCAGUUCCCUGCAUGUCAAGAAGUUCCUCGACCCCAACAACUACUCAGCCAACUACACAGAGAUCGCCCUGCAGCAGGUCUCAAUGUUCUUCAGGUCGGACCCAAAGUGGGAAGUCCUGGAGCCCCUCAGAGACAUGGGCUGGAGGAUCAGGAAGAGAUAUUUUUUAAUCAAAAAUAAAGAGCAGCCCAAAGAGAGGUAUCUGCUGAGCUGGGUGGACCUGGGUCCUGAUAAGUUCCUGUCAGACAAAGACCUGCAGUCGGCCAUGAAGCUGCUAACCGGCCUCUCUACUCCAUACCUCUGUCCGUUGGUGUUUUCCAGCACCAGUGAGUCUUCAGCUCUGCUCAUCCGGCCGUUCAGUGAGAGAGGCUCUCUGAGAGACCACAUCUGUAAGGUGAAACCUCGAGAAGGUUACCUGAAGAAGUACUGUAACCCAAAGAAGAGUCAGGGUCUUGAACUGCCGCACAUCAAACUGUACGGUCGUCAGAUACUGGAGGCACUCAAGCUCCUCCAUGACGGCGGUAUGUUUUACGGUCAUCUUCACACGUCCAACAUUAUCGUGGACGAAGGCGUGUGUCGACUAAUUGAUGUGGAGAACGGCAUGCUGGGAAUCCCCUCAGCGCUACGACCUGCCUUCACUCAGCUCAGAAAGAUCAAUUCAACAGAGAGCAUUGACGUCUUCUGCUUCGGACACUUACUUUACGAGAUGACGUACGGCCGACCACCAGACAGCGUCCCCGUCGAUCAGUACUCCACUGUCCCCUACACCGCUGUGGUGUCAGUGCUGCAGUCCAUUCUGUCCACAGAGGCCUGUAAGAGCGGGAUGCCGACAGUUUCACAGCUCAUUCAGACACCGCUGUUCAGUGACGUUCAGCUCCAACACUCAGAAAAACUCCAGAUCAAGGUUCCCAGCAGGCUAAAGGAGGCGCUGAAGACGGCGAAGGAGAGUCUGGAGAAGAGGCUGCAGGAGGAGCAGAGAGUGCUCCACCAGCACAGGAGGCUGACCAGAGCUCAGUCUCACCACGGCUCAGAGGAGGAGAAGAAGAGGAGGAAGAUUUUGGCGAGAAAGAAGUCCAGACAGUCUGCUUAUGAAAAUGAAGAAGACGUCUCUGUUAGAAACAACAAUAACUCUGGUUCUGGAGCGAGUUCUCCUCCCACAUGCCCCUCCUCCCCCACCCCUCCAUCCACUACAGGAGCCCAAACUGCUCCUCCUCCACCUCCUCCUCCUCCCCCUCCUCCUACGCUGGACAUCCCCCCCUGCCCUCCUCCUCUGUCCUCCUCUAAUGGAUCAGGGGGAGGUCGCACCGCCCUGCUGAGCUCCAUCCAGGCCUUCAGUAAGGGCAAACUGAAGAAGGCCGACACCGUCGACCGCAGCAAACCCAUCAUCUGAUCCCCCCCCACCGCCGCCGCUCGCCAUCGCCACCGAAAACCGUCACUACAACGACAUGACCGACCCAGUCUGCGAUGUGGUCUGGACCGAGUCACAUCGUUGCUCCCUGAGAUGUGAAAACAAAUCACAAAAAAAAAGAAAAAUCCAAGUAUCAUUUUAGCUUUUAAGGCUUUUUCUGUUUUUUUCUUCCUGCUUUUAAAUUUUAAAAUCUGUUGCUGUGUUGAGAGAGAAUAGAAGACCGGCGGGGGAAAACGGCUGCCUCAGUUUGCCCUGAGGCACAUGAAGGUUUGUCCUCUCUGACUGCUUUGUUACUAAGACGCAGCCACUAGUCUCCAGUUCAAAAGAUGAUAAACUUAAACUGGGGCCGGUGAGCUGUCCUGGUUGAACUGCUGCUUCAGCAGACACCAAACUGGCUUCAUUUCUGUUCUUCUCGCUAAUAAAAGUGGCGACUGAACGUCUGAAAUUUUGGAGCCGCCUGACGCUUCACUCUGCUGGAUGAUGAAGUUGAAUUUCCUGGAUCCAAACCUCUAAUGUCGGCACCUUGACACCGUCACGGCGCUGUUACUUGUCCUGAUCCUGAUCCUGAUCCCGUAACAGCAGAGAAAUUUGCCCGGUCUCCUCGUGUUUGAAAUCAUCUUUAUGACCUUUGACCCAUGCAUCCUCCAGACUACACCGGGACUAUUUCACUGCAGGACAUCAGUGACAGAAGAAGAAGAAGGAAAAACUAAAAUCAACAGAACUGCACUGAAAAAAUGUUCAAUCUCAUGAAGUCGUUUUUGUCUGCAAGUCCUAAAAACAUAACUUGCACUAUUCUCAAAACAAGUGAAGAAAUCUGCCGGUGCAGUGCAGAAUAUAUUCAUGAGCGAGGUUUCAUCAUUGGGAGAAAGAAAACUGAACUUGAUCUUAGAAAACACCUGAUAUGUUUGUUUGCAUUGGAACCAAGUUAAAAAAAAUC